AUAUGCGCGCAUGUUUAGAUGUCACGUGAUUUCAUGAUGAUGUCACCCAUGGUAAACAGACACCAACAAUAUCAAUCACUGACUAGUUGAUGCCAUUUCGUAAACCACGGACGCAAUGGACGAGCCAGCGUCAGAGAACGAGCCCCUUCUUCCCGUGACGAGAGUCUCACAGCAACAGGGCAGCAAGUUGGGCACCUUCUUCGGCGUCUUCAUUCCCUGCGUUCUCUCCAUCUUUAGCGUCAUUCUCUUCUUCCGCAUGGGCUACAUCGUCGGUCAGAGCGGUCUACUACUCGCGAUCACCAUGUUCGUCCUCGCCUACGUCAUCAUCUGCCUUACCGUCCUCUCAAUUUCGGCCAUUUCGACCAACGGUGCCAUCAAGGGUGGAGGUGCUUACUUCAUGAUUAGCCGCACCCUUGGGCCGGAGUUUGGCGGUUCCGUCGGCCUCAUAUUCUACUUUGCUAACGUAUUCGGCGCGUCUCUUUACGUUCUUGGCGUCGUGGAAGCGAUUAUAGCGAAUUUUGGUUUGGGAGGUGCGUUGACUGAUUCACUACCGGUCAGUGAUGGAUAUCAAUAUCUCUACGGGACAGUUGUUCUUCUCGUUUGUCUUGCUAUCUGUUUGAUUGGUGCGAAUAUGUUUGCUAAGACAACGUUUCUUAUUUUCAUUGUCGUUACGGCCGUGACCGGUGUCGUCAUUCUCAGUUUCUUCCUGGAAGGGACGAAGCAGAUCAGCCUGCCUUAUGCGGUGAGAAACAAUACCGGGAACCAUUCCAAUACCGCUCUCUACACGGGGCUGAACUUGACAACUUUUAGGAACAACCUCCUGCCACAGUUUGGGAGGGACUAUACCACUGGUUCUAUGGCUGAUUUUGCUGUCGUUUUUGGGGUGUUGUUCAAUGGAUGUACUGGUGUCAUGGCUGGGGCAAAUUUGUCUGGUGAUCUAGCAAAGCCCAGUCGUGCCAUCCCCCUAGGAACCAUCCUGGCAUGUUUGUAUACAUUUAUUAUUUAUAUUGGAAUCAGUCUGUUGCUUGCAGCCAGUUGCCCUGGAUACUUAUUAAAGCACCAAUUCAAUGUGCUCCAACUGAUUGAUCUCUGGCCGCCUCUUGUCGCUGUGGGUAUUUUGACUGUGACUCUGUCGGCUGCGUUGAGUGCUCUAAUUGGUGCUUCAAGAAUUCUUCAUGCUCUUGCCCAGGAUGAGAUCUUCGGUCCAUUGCUUCGUCCAUUUAAGAUUGUGAAUCGUUGGCAAAACCCGUUCGUGGCAGUCAUACUAUCAUGGAUCUUUGUGCAAAUCAUCAUUGCCACAGGAGAGCUGAAUAAACUGGCACCCAUUUCGACUGUAUUCUUCCUCUUGUCAUACACGGCUGUGAAUUUAGCGGCUCUUGCACUCGAGCUUGCCGCAGCACCCAACUUCCGACCGACAUUUAAGUACUACUCAUGGAUCACUUCACUCAGUGGUGUGUGUGGCUCGUUUGCAAUGAUGUUCUUUGUCAACCAGAUGUAUGCUGCAAUUGUUGUUGGUCUAAUGAUUCUCCUCUUUAUCUUUGUCUACUUCUAUUCUGGAGAGCGUUCGUGGGGCUACAUCUCCCAAGCUCUCAUCUUCCAUCAAGUCAGGAAGUACCUUCUAAUGCUAGAUCCACGGAAAGAUCACGUCAAGUUCUGGCGGCCUCAGAUCCUGCUGCUUGUCAACAACCCACGUUCCUGCACACAGUUGAUCCAAUUUGUCAACGAUAUGAAAAAAGGGGGACUCUAUGUUAUCGGCAAUGUGAUUGUGGGGGAUAUAGAAACCGGUGCUGGACACUACCGAGAGCAGCGCAUGGCUUCAUGGAAAUCAUUAGUUGAGCGUGCAAAAGUCAAAGCUUUCACUGAAAUCACAGUUGCAAGCAGUGUUCGUCUCGGAGUUCAAAACCUGGCAAUGAUAUCCGGCCUAGGUGGAAUGAAACCCACCACAGUAAUGCUUGGCUUUUAUGAUGCGGCAUCACCUAAAGACUUAAUCGACGAUCUGCUUCCUCCUAAUAAGAAGAAGCAGCAGGCAACCUUGUUAAGUCAAUCUUUCCCUGCCUUACGAAGUGCCCACGAACGCAGCUUGUCUGCAGACGAGUACGUGGCUAUUAUUGACGACUGCCUAAACCGGUUAAAGAAGAACGUAGUACUGGCGAGAAAUUUCACAUCCUUCGAUCGACAGUCCUUGUCAAAGACUAACAUAUCGUAUAUCGACAUAUGGCCUGUCAAUCCAGUGGAAUACUUAAGUAAACCUAUUGAUCACAGCGACACAACAGUCGAUAACAUGUUGCAGAUCGGCUGUGUCCUACACAUGGUACAAUUGUGGAAAAAGACGACAGAAAUCCGAGUCUUCACUGUCGGCACAAACCGUGAAUCAGCCGAAAGAGAACGUAUAGAAAUGAAACAGAAGCUCCUAGAUAUCCGAGUGCCAGCCAGCGUCCACGCUGUUGUGCCAUCCAUGCCCGGUGCCGCUCAAUACUUAGCGCUCGGAAGUCAGACACUUGACGAUCCAUUGCAGUACAUUUGCCCUCUCAACGAGUCAAUGAAGAAGUACUCUGGCAGUCCACAGACUAAAGUAGUGAUUACAUAUCUGUGGCAUACUCCUGAGGAUCCAAGGCUCAACAGACUCUAUCUAGGACGUCUAGAGGCUUUCACGGCCGGUCUGCCACCAACACUGCUGGUCAGAGGGCUAGAAAAGGUCACAAUGAAGUCGCAAUAGAUGAAUCGGGAAUUAAUACUAUUUGCAAGAGAAUAGAAAGUGGUAGAU